CACAGAAAGGGAAGUGGAAAAGAUGGAAAGGAGGAAAAGAGUAAAGGUAAAGGUAAGAAAGGUGAUAAGGAUAAAGGAAAAGGAAAGAAAGGAAAGGGCAAAGCUGGAGUUCGAGCAGCUGAGUAUCAAGAAAGUUCGGUAGCAGAUGAAGGCCUAGAGUCAGAAGGUUAUGAGGCAGAAGCGUCUGAAGAAGUUUGGAGUGAAGCUGGAGACCUCACGGAACUUCGUUUGUCCAUGUUCGUUCGAUCGCAGUCGAAGACCGAAGAGUUGAACGUUCGGCCGGAGUCGAAUGUUGGAAGUAGGAACGAUUGUUGUGAGCAAGUUGGAAGUCGAGAUGCUUGUUUUGAGCAAGUUGGAGACAAAGAUGCCUGUUUUGGGCAUGUUGGAACUAGAGCUGACUGUUUUGUUGAACAGUUUGAGAGUGUGAUCCAUGAGGCCCCAAGCCUCGAAUCUGUUGGAGCAAGUUUCGGGCCGUCAGAGCGUCAGCGAAGGGCAGAGAAUUGUUGUUCUCGAAGGAGGUCAUGGGCCUCGCUAGUGUCAGAGGAAGAGAAAGAAGUAGGGAAGCUUGAAGGUCAACCACCACAACACGUACAGCCUAUCGUACCACGUCCAGACGAUGUGAGGUUUGAAGGUACGAGGUUCGCAGGCCAGAGGUCAGAUCUAAGUGAUAGGAGUCACGUUGGUAAGCUAGUUGUGUGCCGCAGCCCGAUCCUUUGGAACGCUCGUCCGACCGCUCACGUCGAGAAGCUGUGUCAGCCUUGGAAGGGAGACAGUGAGAACUCAAGCAUGUGUGAUGGUUGUGGUGUUGUUGCACCAGUCAAGCCGUUCAGUCAAGAGUUUUACCCAUCUAAGAGUAAGAGUCAGAAUGCAGUCGCAAGAAGAACGUCUAGUUUUUUGUUUUGCAGUUCGUGUCGCAAUGUUGGAAACAGUCAUGUGCAGAGCAUUCGUGAGUUGAGAAAAGCACUGCAUAAGUCCAAGAAAGGUUUUUUGCUAGAACCAAGUCUUGUGCAUGGAGGGUUCGAGCAAGAGUUGAGCACGUUCAGAAAGCAGGAUCUUCGCUCGUCGACGGUCGCCGAUUUCGUCACCCGUACGCCCUCAGGUUGGAACCGAAUCAUUCACCCAGCAGAGUCGCCCGUGGCCCCAUCCGACCUGGAUGCACCGAGUGAUCUUGAAGAGAUAGGUAACCUAGAUGAUGAAGAGUCACUUGCAACUGAUGAGCUAGAGCUCAACUCGUCUGAAUGUCUUGAACCGGAACCUCACCUACCUAAGAGUUUUGAAUCGGAGUUCAAAGCUAACCUUGUGAAGUGUGUCGAGCAAGAGUCACAAGAGGUAGAUGCUGUGAUGUUCGUUGCAAGUCUUGGCAUUCGAGAAGUUGUCUCGAAUUGGUCACCGAGUUUUGCAGCAUGGUGCACGAACUGUGGUAAGAAGCCUAAACUUGGAAGAGUUGAAGCUAGUUUUGUAAAGCCACCUAGCCUGCUGGUAGGAACGUCUGAGAGUUCGAUCGCCGCAGCCAUUUUUCCACUGACUUGCAACCCCGUUUGUUGCAGAGAUCCGGAGCCUCAGAAACCCGAGACCAGUGGUCACCAAAAGACACGACCCAAGAGGUCAGCAGGGCCACCACUGUGGCCUGAAGAGUUCGAGAAGUUGAGACCACGUUCAUGCCUAGUAGGUGGUAAGAUGUUUGAGACGGACUUCAAAGAACUAGAGAGCAGGGAGCUAGACUUGAAUGUUUGUGAGACGUUCGGUAACUAUGAAGUGCCUGUGUACGAUCUAGUUCACUCAAAGAGUCAUGUCGAAGAGCCUCAACUUAUGAAGCCACUGCUUCAACCCCUGUUUUUCUCAAACGUAGAGGACUUGAAUCUAGCCUCGUGGUGGCUAAUGGACUCAGGAGCUAGCAGGUCAGUAGUCUCGAAUAAGUUUCUAGAUCGGUAUCAGGUAGAGAAGACCCGUGAUCUAGAGCAGCCUUUGGGAUUCAGCACUGCUAGUGGCCAACGUGUAGAGAUCACCAGAGAGGUUGUGAUUAAGGUCCAGGUUGAGCUAUAUAGCAGGGACAAGCAAGUGGUAAUGCCCGUUAGCAUUCGUGCACUCGUAAGUGAUGUUGAGCAUAACUUGCUAUCGGUAGUUGAGAUGGCACGCAAGGGUUGGGAGUUCGUUGUGAACCAAAAGGAGUGUGUUGUGAGCAUAGGUCAGUACAAGCUGUAUCCCAUAAUGUGGGCUAACUGUCCGUGGCUAAAGGUUCACGAAGUUGAGACCCAGAGCUCAUCCCACGAAUCCCCCAACUCGAGCCGGAAUCGACGCGUCCGCGUACAAGGCCCAGACGAUCAAAUGCAAGUCGAUUCGUUGAACCGCUCACGGAGUUUGUCCGGGAGCUCGCACGGCAGUCACGCAGAAGGGAAUGCAGUUCGAUCUAGGAAGACCUCCCCUAUGAAGCGUGACCAGGGUUUUACAAAGAAUGGUCUGAAAGCGAAUUAGAGGAAUUGAGCCAAGAAGAAUGUGAACUACUGUUGCAACCCUUGCCCGGAGAAAGCUUGGAAGCACCGCCUUCGUUUGAGCCUAGUGGUAAUGUAGUGUCUGUUGAAGAGCAACUAGAUGGAGCUAGCGACCACCCCACUGGCCGUAAAAGAUAUAGUAUGAAGGCGCCACCCGCUGUAGUUCAGCGACAGAGCCAACCAAACGAUCCAGGAACACCCGAUGAAAUUGAGCCCAUAAGUCUAGAAGAGGACCAGGAAGCUAAAGCUAAUCGUCCACGUAACCGCCUCCUAGAAAUAGAAGACAGGGAUCUAAUGAAACACAGGCUGCAAGGCCAUGUAACCUACCACCCGUCUUGUGAAGCUUGCAAAGUUUCAAAAUCCACUCACCAGCAC